GUUCGUUGGUUUCAACGCACGUGCGAAUUUCACUUUGUCCGUGUGCUUUGCUUCGUCGCGUCGGAAGUGACACAGAGAACGACUUUCGUUUAAUUCAUCAUUUCAUAAAAUGCGCUUCAUUUGAAAUCAGACCACGAUAGUUUGUAAUAGUGAGCACAGGACUGUUAAAAAGAAAAGAAGAUUAUUUUGUUUCAUGGAUGAGAAAUGUCGACGGAGAAUAUGGGGUGCAAAACGGGCAGCACGACCAGAGCUCCGGGAUUACCACGAUUGGGAGAAACACAAUUACCAUCGAACCUUUGACCUGUCGACCCAUGGCAUAACCGAAGGUGUCGCCCGGGUUGACUCGACCAAGAUAUCUCUGCAGGAAUUCAUCAAUAAUUUUGAGAGACCGUCGAUUCCGUGCGUGUUGACCAAUGAUCAGACGGACUGGCCGGCAAGGGAGAAAUGGACGCCAGAGCGGCUAGCCAAGAAGUAUCGCAACCAACGUUUUAAAUGUGGCGAAGAUGACGAGGGUUACUCAGUCAAGAUGAAGAUGAAAUAUUACAUCAAAUACACGACCAACAACAGAGAUGACAGUCCUUUGUACAUCUUUGAUAGUAGUUUUGCAGAGCACAGCAAGCAGAAACAGCUCCUCAAUGACUACAGUGUGCCCAAGUUCUUUCGCGAUGACCUGUUCAAGUAUGUCGGGGAAGACCGCCGGCCGCCGUAUCGCUGGAUUGUCAUUGGUCCCGCCCGAUCAGGCACUGGAAUCCACAUAGACCCGCUGGGCACCAGUGCUUGGAAUGCACUUGUCAGCGGUCAUAAGAGGUGGGUCAUGUUCCCAACUCACACACCUAAGGAGCUACUGAAAGUCACUCAAGAGGAAGGGGGCAGACAGCGGGAUGAAGCGAUCACAUGGUUCAACGUCAUCUACCCACGAUGCAAGCUGCCCUCGUGGCCUAAAGACUGCCAACCGCUUGAAAUCAUUCAAGGACCAGGAGAGACGGUCUUUGUCCCCGGUGGAUGGUGGCAUGUCGUCAUCAACCUAGACAUGGCCAUCGCUGUCACACAGAACUUCAGCAGCCAGACCAACUUUCCCACCGUCUGGCAUAAGACGGUCCGAGGCCGGCCCAAACUGUCCAAGAAGUGGCUUGUUGCACUCAAGAGAGAAAAGCCGGAGCUAGCUGCCAUUGCUGAUCAGGUGGAUCUGUCUAGACCCUCUGGUCUGCAGUCAGACAGCAGCAGCUCAUCGAGCUCCAGCUCCUCAAGCAGCGACAGCGCAUGCUCCUGCUGCGGUCACAGCGCUUCAGACAGCGACAGCAACAACGAAUCAGACAGACGAACAAAGAGACGCAAAGUGUCCAUGUCUGCAAGUUCACCAGACAGCGCCCAGAAUGAAGAAAACAUUGAACAAACCGGCGGGAAAUACCUUCAGACAUUGCACCAAUCACCAAUGUCGUCUUAUCCCCAACAGCCACAUGCCCAGCCAGUCAGCCAAUUGGGUGGAGCGUACCACAGCAGAUAAUGAAGGCAUGUAGUACCUGUGUGUGCUCUGUAUGCAUGGUGCUACAUUAAAA